GAUGUUUUAUAGUAAUUUGGGUGACCUGGCCCUUUAAGAAGGGAAAGGACGUCGGUUUUGAAGGCGAGUGUUUGCAGCUGAGAACGCUGGUGGCCUGAGGUUUUGGGCCAUGUCGGCGUGCACGGCCGUCCUGAAGCGCUGCACCUCUGGAGGCUGUGGCAGGGUGUUGUGCGGUGUUAAUCGGACACUCGUCCACAUCAGAUCGGCCAGUGUAUCUGAGCCGGGCACGAGAAGAUCUGAUGAAGACCCCCUCUGGGAGGCAACAGGCCACCUGCCAUUCUCAAAGGCCAGGAUAGGAUCUUUCUUUCAAGACAGACCUGUGCUAAAGAAUCCAUUUCUAGAGGACGCCUUGCUUAGAGGUUACCUGAGGAGACACCUGCCUGAGGAGGCAGCUUUCUCAGACUUGUGUGCAUUUGGAGAGCGUGUGGCAAAUGAGGUGGACGAGUGGGGCCGAGAGUGUGAGGUUACUCCUCCACGGUUGGUGCACUUUGACCCCUGGGGUCGCAGAGUGGACCACAUUGUGACCUCCCCAGCAUGGAAACGCAUGAAAGACCUUUCAGCACAGGAAGGACUGGUUGCCAUUGGCUACGAGAGGCAGUGUGGGGAGUGGAGUCGUGUGUACCAAAUGAGCAAAUUGUACAUCUUCUCUCCGUCCUCUGGUCUCUACACCUGUCCUCUGGCCAUGACUGAUGGAGCUGCUAAAGUCAUCCAGUCCAUAGGUGUUUCAUGGCCAGUAGAAGAAGCUUUCAGUCGUUUGACAACCCGUCAGCCAGAACGUUUCUGGACGUCUGGACAGUGGAUGACUGAGAGACAGGGAGGAUCUGAUGUGGCCAGCGGCACAGAGACAGUGGCUGUUCCCCAGACAGAUGGUUCAUACAAACUUCACGGCUUCAAGUGGUUCACCUCUGCUACAGAUGCUGACAUGACUCUCACAUUGGCCAGAGUACAGGACAGAAUGGGAGCAACCACACCGGGCAGCAGGGGUUUGUCUCUGUUCUAUGCAGAGGUGAGUCAAGGUGAGGACGGCCGGCUGAGAGGUAUAGAGGUUCAGAGACUGAAGGACAAGCUGGGCACAAGGCAAAUGCCGACUGCUGAGUUGCUGCUGGAUGGCCUGCCGGCACACAAGCUGUCAGAGGAAGGAAGAGGUGUGGCCUCCAUAGCUAACAUGCUGACUGUAACCAGGAUCCACAACAGUGUGUCUGCAGUAGCAGCCAUGAGAAGGGUGGUUCAGUUAGCUCGUGACUAUGCUACUCGCCGCACUGCCUUUGGAAAACUUCUCAAAGACCACCCACUGCACAUGCAGACUCUUGCUAGGAUGGAGGUGGAGACUCGUGGAGCUUUCCUCCUGUUGAUGGAUGUGUGUCGUCUGUUGGGCCGAGAGGAAAGCGGCAUAGCGACACAGCUUGAUACGCACCUCCUCCGUCUGCUCACACCUGUGGUCAAACUCUACACUGGCAAGCAGGCUGUGGCUGUGGUGUCGGAGGGUUUAGAGAGCUUUGGUGGGCAGGGUUACAUCGAGGACACCGGAUUGCCUGGACUACUGCGUGAUGCGCAGGUGUUGAGUAUUUGGGAAGGUACAACAAACGUUCUGUCUCUGGAUGUGCUGCGCUGUGUGGCUCGUAGCUCAGGAAUGGUUCUUCACGCUUACUUCACCCAUGUGAAGUCCCUGCUUGCAAGUGCCUCAAGUGCUUCUUCACUGGCUCCAGCUGUGAAAGCGGUAGACAGUGCUCUCUCCAAACUGGAGGAGUUUGUUCAAGUAGCAGCUACCAGAGAGCCCAGCUACCUUGAACUAGCAGCCAGAGAUCUGUCAUACAGCCUGGCUCGCAUCUAUGUUGGUGCCCUUCUAAUUGAUCAUGCAUGUUGGAAAGAAGCCUCUCCUUCCGACACCUACGCAGCUCUCAGGUGGUGUGAACAGGACUUGUGUCCCGUUUCGACCAUGCAGGCAAGAGGCUGCUAUAAUCCCAACACUCCCCCCCUGGAUGCUGCCCUGGUGUACGACCAGCCAGCCCAAGGCAAAAACUGAUGCAACUAUUGUUUGGUCUGCUAUUGCUGUGCCUCACUUUUUUUUAUUUUGUAGAUGACUGAGAUCAUAUUUUUGUAUACAAAAUGAAAAUACACUUUUAAAUAAGUAAUUUCUAAUAUGAAGCAUGUAUGUGAUCUGCUGUAUGAUAUUUCCUAGAUGCUUAAAAAGGUUGACGUGUGUAAAUAAAACGUCAGGAUCACUCUUCCAGCUGACAGACUCUGUAAGCAUGGAGAAAGCAAAGAUCAACUGACCACAUCCUGUAUGAACUAGAGUGCAGGUCAGAGCCUGCAAGGAGGGACUGGCUGGAUAUACACGGUGCCUUCUGGAACUGUUGGAAAAAUUAUGUGUGGAAAGCUGAACAUGCUCCGAAACUAAUUAGAAGAAUUAGAAAUAUCUUGUACUGUACCGUGACUAAUUAGCUUAUAUAUGUACACUGUAUUGUUGUAAUUUACACCACCUCAAAACUGAAUACCUGAAAUGAAAGAAGAGAGGGAAACAUCCUAACAAUGUUACCAUGUGAUGCUUUUUUUUGUUGCAAAUUAUUUUAAAUAUAUAAAGUGUAUAUAUAUAAAAGUAUAUAAA